GCCCCUAGAGGCGGACCCCACUUGACUUAAACUCUGGGGCCCGGGAGGGUGGCGGGGUCCUCCCGGCUCGCCGGGGUUGUCCACUUCCCCUGUCGGACGAAAGUGGACCUGGAGGAGUGCACAUGAAUUCUAACUUAAGUGAAUGGUGUUUUGAAGCCAGACCUACUUUCUGUUAAUUAGCACACUUAAUCGGAGGACCAAAGAAGUAAACGCUCUAUGUGGAGGGGGACUGACAUGUUUGGAGGGAAAUGGGAACAUAUACAAAUAAUUAAAGAGUAAAAUCAUAUUUAACGGGCUGCUUGCUGACCCUUCCACCACCUGACAAGAAUACCUGGACUGUUGGAUCCAGUGCACUGUGUUUGCCCAAGAAGGGAGACAUUAGACCUACAGGUCAACUAAUGGACAAUUAGUAACCCACCUACAAGUUAAGAUUUCUGACAUUCAGAACAACUGACUUUUAAUACACUGCUACUAUAUGAAAUAAUGAAUUGGAAUGCAGAACCAGAAAGUGCUACAUUACCACCACAGUAUCCUAAAAGCCAAUCAUCUUUUUUGCAGCAGUCUUUAAUAAACCAAUUUACCACAGCAUCUCACAGCUCUUUUGGCUGUCCUGGAAAUAACCAAGAAGCAUGCAUGUAUCCCAAUAAUUCGAAUCCAGUACCACAGGCACUGCGGAAUGUCCAAAAUUAUCCUCAACAGCUCCCUGUUUCUGAUAUAAAUAAUGGGACAGUUGUGGCCUCACAAACUUUGUUAGAAAGAAUAACAUUUGGAAAUGUUAAAGGACCCAAACAACUAAGUCACAAUUUACAAAUGUCUUCAGGAGUUACACAAAAUGUAUGGUUGAACUCAACAAUGAGAAAUCCUGUGGUUUCUCAUACAGGGGCAACUGUAUCUCAUCAAGCUGAUUUUGCAGCUAAUAUACCCAAUAUACAUGCACCACAGAGUCAACUUGUAACAUCAGAUACCUAUUCUACGCAACCGCAAAUGAUCCCUUCCAAUUCUCUAAGAGUUCCUGUAACUUACCAAGGGAAUCAGGGACUUAACCACUCUUUUUCAGAGCGAAAGGUUGACUGGGCACAACAGUAUGCAUCUAAUGGACUGACUUACCCAGAUUAUAGACCACUUCCAAAGCAAUACUAUUAUGCGCCACAAAAACUUUUGCAAGAUCCUAAUAUUCAGAAACGAAACCCUAUGCCAUCUACGUCAUUACAAGUUAAAAACAGUCAGCUUCCAAGUUCUGUCCUGACUUUACAGUCAAAGGAGAUUGCAGCUGUACCUUCUCAGCAAUAUGCCACUCAACUUGACAUAAGACUCCCUCCUCCUCCUCCUCCUUAUGACUGUAGAUACAGAAGCCAGCCUUUGCAAACUGCUCAGCAUGUUCUUAAACAUGUGUCUGUGGAAGUUCCUCAGAGUCAAGAAACAAGGAUGGACUCUUAUAGAGGCUUUCAACAGCAGUGGCAAAACCCUAAUGAAAGUGUCAGCACAAUUGGAAACUUCUGUAAUGUGAAAGUAAAUGCCAGUGUCAAACAGCCUUUUAAUGAACCAAUUAGAUUUUCCGUGGAUGCUGUUCAGGCUCUUGCUCAAAAUAAUCAAGAGAAAAGAAUGGAUUCUUGUCAUCCAACUUCAAAUCAAGUACUGGAUACAAGUUUCACAAAAGAAAAGCUAGUGAGAGAUAUUAAAACAUUAGUAGAAAUAAAAAAAAAGUUUUCAGAACUUGCAAGGAAAAUUAAAAUUAAUAAAAAUCUUUUGAUGGCAGCAGGUUGUAUUAAAAUGACUGAUAACUCUUAUAGUCAACCAGCUCAAAAUUCUGAAUUGUCCCUGAAAGAACAAACGGCUAAAAUUCAGUCUGGACUACAGAUAACCCCAGUAACUCCAGAGAUUGCAGAGGGACAGUUAUCAACAAUAGCAGCAGCUACAGAAACAAGUAAAACACACUGUGCAUUAAAUUCCAGUGUUCAAGAAAUCAACUGCAGAAAGUUUAACCAAGUCAGUUCUGUUGUACUAGAUUCUGUCUGUUCGGAAAAGUUGCCAAUGUCAGGCCAGUGUCAUGAUUGGAAAGUUCCGACGUCUUCAAAGACAUCAACUGUUGAGAUGACCCAGGCAACAUUGAAUGACCCUCAGCUUUCGUCAGAAAAUUCCGUCCAAGUUGAACUCAAUCUGCCAACAAUUUGUGAGACAAUAUCUGUUCCACAGUCUGCAUCUUUUGAGGAAUAUGCUUCAAAACUUCUAAAUAAAAAUAAGCUACUUCUUAAUUUGCUUACACAAGGAGAUAACAUUGAGAAUAAAUUAUUAAAAGAUGCUAGUCAAACUACUCAGGAUUCUAAAGUAGAUAGUUGUGAAAUGAAUCUGAGUACUCAAGUCACUGGUAACCAACUGAUCUUGAAAACUACAGAAACAUCAAGUACUGCUAAUGUAAAUGCCAGAAUUUCAGACAACUUCAAUUGCAUCAAGCCUGAAUCCUCAACAAAAGGAAUGCCUGCUAAAAGUGACAGUAAUUAUUCCAUGGAAUUGCUAGCAACAUGUCUUUCUCUGUGGAAAAAGAAAAAUUUAGAAACUACAGAAGAGAAACAGUGUAAUGAGUCAAGAACAAACAGAACAGCAGUUGGGAUUUCAAAACCUACAGACGUCUGUGUUAAGAGUGUUUGUUCAGUUGUGGGAAAUUCUCAGAAUAAAAUAGUUAAUCCCUCAGAAGAAACAGCUUUGUCAAUGGUAGUACAGAAUUAUGAGUCUUCAGGUACAACUAUAACAAAAGGAACAGAACUUCAGAUUGCUGUAGUAUCACCCUUAAUUCUUUCAGAUGUCAAAACAUUGUCUGUCAAAGGAAUAACACCUGAAGCUUUACCUGAAACAGUAUAUCCAGUUAUUAAAGAAGGCAGUGUUUGUAGCUUACAAAAUCAAUUGGCAGAAAACAUGACAGUAAGUGCUGCUUUGAAAGUUGGUGUUAAUGGAUCAGUAGCAAGUACAACAUCAACCAAGAUUUCCCCACUAACACAGAAGGAAAAGGAGAGUGAGUCAACUAAUGGUAAUUCAGAAGGCACAUCUAACAUCGAUCAAGGAAAGUAUAACAAAUCAGAAUCAGAAGUCCAUUCUCUUGUGAGUGAUAAACCAACCUUGUAUAAAUCAGAAGAUAAUACUAUUGUGAGUAGUGAUAUAAUACAGAUUGACAAUAUUUGUUCUCUUGUUGAAGGUGAUGUAUCUUAUAAUUCCCAAAUAGCAAAGAUAUUCAACUCUGUACCUAUGAAAAAGGUUGAGCCACAAAAACCUCUACCCAAUCAGGAAGGGAUUAGUAAUGGACAACAAAAAGAACAAAUAGGUAACAUCACUGAAAAUAAAGACUUUGAUUUUCAAAAGGAUAAAUUAGUACAGUGCACAGACGUUUCCCAUAAAAUAACUGAUCUGUCAAAGUCAGGACAACCUCCAGAGUCAUCAUCUUUUAAUAAUGCUGAAGCAAAUAGAAGUGCUCUAGAGGAAAGCAACAGGGCGCACACCAUGGAGAAAGAAAGCACAGCUAAUAGUAUGUGUUCGUCAGCUGCUGGUCAACAGGAUAUUUACUCUCAGGAAGUUGAUGUAUCCAGCAAUUACACAGCUCAAGAGCCUUCAAGAAAUGAGAUUGAUAAUGAUAAGACAUCUGCCUUAUACCUACAUGAUCAGCUGUCAGAACUAUUAAGAGAGUUUCCCUAUGGCAUUGAAGCUAUAAACAGACAUGAAGGUUCUGUGGGCCAGCAGAUGACCAGCCAGAUCUCAGAAGAUCAAACUGGUGAUAAAUCCAGUUGUGACUCCAAAGACUCAACAGAUCAAAUACAAAUUACAAUUUUAAGCUCAGAGCAAAUGAAAGAAUUAUUUCCUGAACAGGAUGAUCAACCCUGUGAUGUAGACAAGUUGGCAGAACCUCAAAAAGAAAAGCCUACUACAGAAGCAGGUGGCCAGAGUGACCCCCAAGCACUUACAAAAGGAGAAAAUCGUGAUUCUCCAAUAGUGGACUCGGAGAAAGAUGAUGUCCAUUGCUGUGCAUUGGGUUGGCUGUCUAUGGUUUAUGAAGGAGUACCCCAGUGUCAGUGUAAUUCCAUCACUAACUCUACUUCAAAAGAAGAGAAAGGGAAAGCACAGUGUUCUCCUUUGAAGACCAACAGUGAUAAACAAGGGGAGAGAACCUCUGCUAGAGAUGUCCCUAUUGUUGAAUUUUAUAGUCCUUCAAAUAAUCCAAAGACUUCUCUGAGUCUUACAGAUGAGAAAAAUCAUUUUUCUGAAAUACAAAGCAACACUAUAAAAGAUACAUCCAAAACACAACAUAAUAGCCUCCUAAGGAUGGAACAAGAAUUAACUGGUCCAUUUUCCUCUAAAUGUGAUAAACUAGUUUCCUUGCAAAAUCAUGAAAAAAAACCCCUGAGAUUUCAUGAGGUAACCUUUCACUCCAGUAAUAAAACGGCAUUUUCUGAACAAAGUUCUCAAGAAAGCCUGCAGAAGAAACAUGUAACACAAAAUUUACGCCCACUAAAAGCAAAGACAGUUUUAUCGAUAAAUAAAGAUCUGUAUAAGAAGCAUAAUAGUUCUUCAGUACAGUUAGUGUCACCAGAAAAGAAAAAGUCAAAAUUUAAAGCAGGUGGCUUCAAACAAAAACAUCUGGAAAAAAGGAAGUUAGACCAAGGGAGCACACUGGACAUGGAGGUAAAGAAGAAGAAACAUGAUAAACAAGAGCAAAAUAAAACCGUGGGAGGCACACUCAAAUUGCGUGAUUUUUUGUCAAACCCAAAUGAAAGAGCCAGUGUUAAAGAAAAGACUGUGUCAAAUACUAAGUCUUCAGACCCGAAGGCUAGUUCAACUGUGUCAAAUCCUAAGUCUUCAGACCCAAAGGCUAGUUCAUCUAAAGGUAGUAGAGUUAUAACUGUGAAGGAGUAUUUACAAAGACAGAAGCAUAAAGAAGCAGUGAGUAAUGAAGCAUCAAAGAGGACCCAUGUGAAAAAUGUACCAUGCAAUUCUGAGCACCCGAGACCUGGUAAGCUUUCUGUGCAAGUUGGGAGUUGUGAGAAAUCAAAUGAGAGACACAGUAUCAGUGUACAGACCUCUAAAGAAUCAUUAAAUAUUUUUACAAGCCAUGGUAAAAACCUCAAAGUCCACCAUUCCGAGGAGUCUAAAACAUGCAACGUUUCAAGGAAUGUUAAAGGAGCAGUUGGUGGAAAGCAGCCUGACAAAAUGUGGAUUGAUAAGGCCAAAUUAGGCAAAAAAUUAACCAAUAUAAAUAAUGAAGUUCAGUUUGGCCAAAUGCCUCCACAAGCAAAGGAACAAAGGAAGUCAUACUUGAACAGAGUUGCAUUUAAAUGCACUGAACGUGAAAGCAUUUGUCUCACCAAAUUAGAUAAUUCACCUAAGAAGCUUAAUAAAAAUAAAGAGAAGACACAGGAAAAUAAACCUAAGACCCUUUUACCUGUGAAAGAUACUACAGAAAAACCAGGCAUGCUGCAGUUUAAAUUGUGUCCAGAUGUACUGUUAAAGAAUGCAAACUCUGUUGAAGACAAAAAGGAUCUAAAGCCUCGUUCUAGGAAGGAGCAAGCACCUGUGCAAGUUUCAGGAAUAAAAAGUACAAAAGAAGACUGGUUAAAAUGUGUAACUGUGAAGAAAAGGAUGCUGGAGGACACUGAAGAAAUAGAUAACAAUGUUAAUUCAAGACCCUCCAAGAGAAGCUUCAGUGUAGAUGGAUUUGAGAUGCUACAAAACCCAGUAAAAGAUUCAAAAGCAAUGUUUCAAACCUACAAACAGAUGUACCUGGAGAAGAGAAGCAGAAGCCUUGGUAGCAGUCCUAUAAAGUAAUUACAAGACGUGGUUCUGUAGUUGCCACUGGGAAAUUUCUGUCAUUUUCUGUUGAGAAUACUUUGCUGAAAAUAACUCAGAACUGCCACAAUAAAGAUUUCUCUGUCAGAGAGAGUUUGGUCCCACUUAGGUUAUGUAUUCCAUUGAAAUUGCUUGAUUAAAAUGGCUUGAGAACUUUGUGGGUAAGCAGAAAUAAGAAAUAGAUAGUAUUUGGCAGGGAAGCCAUAAGGUAUUUGAACUUCUACAUUAUUGAACCAAGUUUACCAUUAUUUUAUGAGGAAUACUUUAUACAAACCUAAUUUUGAAAUGCUGACUGUCCACCUUGAGGGAUGAUUGUCCCUCAGUUAGGGACUUGUUUAUUUAACUGGGACUGUACAUAUAUUUUUGUUUCUAAGCUACAUUAGCAAAACUUAUUUUUCACAAAUGCCCACUGUGAAUGUCAGAUUAUAUUCUUAAGUAUUUUAUACCUAAUUGUAAACUUUUUUUCAGAAGUCUUGUUUUAUACUUGUUAAACUGAAUAUAAUUUUUGGAUAAUGUUUUAACAUUACUUUUCAUACUUGAAAUAAACAUUUAUUUUUUAGAAAACUAA